ACUUCUUAGCGGUAACGUCGUGCGUCGAACGAUUUCCGUACUCCCCUCGACACCGCGCUUAUUUAAAACCGCGAAAUUACCCUCGGACAACUAAAACUAGCGUGGGCACAUCUGCGAGUAGAAUAUUGAACGAGGUAAAAAAUCAUCGGCAAGGGUUGAAAUCCCAACCCCCUCACCCUUCACGAACAGAAUCAAGUGAGUGGCGGAAUCGGAGCUGAAAAAAGUGACGGUGGUGUUCAGUGAAAGUGAUCGCAAGGAUUCCACCGACCAAAAUGGGCCUCCUCACUUCGCUCGUCGUCCUCAUCGCGAUUUCGCCGAUCGUUUCGUCGGAGCCGAGCGUGGAAAAGAUACGGACCGCGAUUCCAAGGUGCUGCCGAUCCGGCGAGACGCUGGUCGAAGGGUCGAAGGGCGAAGUCGGCAGGUGCGUACCGACAACGGCGAUGUGGCAACCUUUGAUAUUCUCGCUUUCGAGCCGAGGGCAAAUCCCAAUACCGGACGACUGGGAUAUCCGAGAGAACACGCGUCCGCACUGCGGAGUCGACAGGGUCCUGAGCUUCUAUCCGAACUCGAAGACCCAGCCGUUCAUCUUCUUCGACAACGGUCUCCUGAUCUUGAACAGUGGUACCGGAAAUGCCUACGAGCCCGACCAAUACUGCGCCGAAAACGAGGCGUUGCUUCUAUGCAGGAUGAAGGAGGAACUGAAGCCGAUGGUCUUCCAGUGCUGCGGAAGCGAGGCCACUUUGCACGAGGAUAAAUCUCAGUGCGCCCUAAUGCCGGAAGGCUCGCCACCCGACACUUUCGCGAUACCGAACGCUACCAGUUACGAUAUUAUACUGGAUUUCCCAAACUGCGAACAUGUGGGAAAUUAUUCGGUGAUCGGUGACGUGGAUGAUGCACACAUCAUGGAAAACGGGACUCUGAUUUUCGAUCAUCUCAACAUCCCGCCGGGACAGUUUUGCAUCGAGAAAACUUACGAUAUGAAAUCGGUCAAGGUUAUCGCCUGUACCGAACACGCUAAAGUCAGGUCUGCAAUCGACGAGGAAACUAGCCCACACUUCACUCUAUAUGCGGUCGGAUUCCUGAUCAGCGUUGUAUUCCUGGCGGCCACCCUCGCAGCCGGAUGGCUGUUGCCAACAGCCCACCAUGUCCUCCAUUGGCGGUGCCAGACGCAGCAUGUUGUCUGCCUGAUGCUGGCCGACCUUCUCAUGGCCAUCAUUUACCUCGGCAGCAAGUCGCUACACCCCAAUGCCUGCAAAUCCAUAGCGGUAUUGACCCACUUCUUCUUUCUGGCAGCAUUCUUCUGGCUGAACACCAUGUGCUUUAACAUCUGGUGGACUUUCAGAGACUUGAGGCCGGCGAGUCUGGAAAAGGGCCAGGAAAUUUUGAGGCUUAGGGUGUACGCCUGUUACGCUUGGGGCGGUCCUCUCUUUAUAGCCGGUUUAGCGGCACUGCUUGACAAUCUGCCGGAACAACCUGGACUCAUAUUCCUCAGACCACGUUUCGGCGAGAAAUACUGCUGGUUUUACGGAAGCAUGGAGAGUCUGACUUACUUCUUUGGACCAGUCGGCAUUCUGCUGACAAUCAACGUUCUGCUUUUCGCUGCUACAGCUCGCGAGCUUACCUGUGGCCUAUGGAAGCGUGAAGUAGUCAAGAGCACAACGGAGAGAGCCGCACUAGGACGCGUUUGCAUGAAGCUGGUCGUCGUGAUGGGAGUGACUUGGGUUGUAGACCUUAUUUCGUGGAUCGCCGGAGGACCCCAGUAUCUAUGGUACUUCCCAGACAUGGUCAACGCGCUCCAGGGAGUCUUCAUAUUCGCUGUUGUUGGCUGUCAGCCUCAAGUUUGGACCGCUUUGAAAAGACUGUGCAACAGAAAUCCGCGUACGAAUGCCGGAAGACAAGGAAACGCGGUGAGCACAACGAGCAACGGAAUGCCGAGCAUGGGUGACAGCGUCACACAGAAUCAGAGCACGAAAUCUGUGCCGUUAGAAACUAUCUGCUAAAGAAAGAAACGGACGAGGUAGACAUACUACGAUGAAAUUUGAAAAGUUCCUUUUACCACCAAACAGUGGAAUGGGUACCAGAGUAUGUCAUCGAUGACGACCAUUUUUUAGUGGAAAAACAGAGGAAUCGGAACGACGAAAGGGGAAUGAACUGUAUCUGUCUUGACAAGUCUUAAGGAAAAGAAAAUUACCGCAUGGUUAUUUAUAAUCUCAAUUAACAUAUGCUAAACAGACGAUGAAAAGAGUACUUCGACCUCUAUUAUGUUAAAAGUAUCACACACCAUCGAGGUAAAUCUGUGAACAAUCCUGGAUCGUAAUUUUGGAUUAAUAUUUGCAAAUUCAUUGUCCGACACGUAAUAUUACGUAUUCAAUGCGUUUUUACUCUCAAAGAAUAUCCUAGCACAAUUCUUGAUGACCAACUGACCUUCGUUGUGCAAUUGAAAUGUUGGUACGCGUUUGCAGCGGACGUCAGCUAAUCGAGAUUGCGAAAUAAUUGGCAUCGCGGCGGUCUAAUAUUAUUAUAUUGACAUUCUUGUUUCUUUUACGUGUACCGGCCCAUUUUUAACUAACGUUCGUUAAUGAGUAGUCAAGGAUUUUUCAAUCAAUUUCAUUUUACCGAUGAAUAGAAAAAAAAUUAA